UGCCGGCAUCUGAUACAAUUUGUUUAAUGUGCAGAAAGUAUAUUAUUAUUAAAAAAAAUUUUAAGUAUGAUCUCAUAAAAUACUGAUCUUCUUACGACAUGGACGGAUCUAGCAAUCUUAAUGCAGAUUUGUCUGAAUGUUUUGAAUUACAGUUAUCUGAAGUUGAGUUGUUAAAUAGCAUGUAUCCGAAUGCCAGUGAAUUUAGCAUCACACUUCCAUCUGUUUUGGCUGAUAUGAAACUAUAUAUUGGUGGAAGACACCAUAUAUUACCUCUUGAACUCGAUUUUACUUUAAACUUGGAUGUACCUGAACGUAAUGCAAAACUUGAACUUAAUGUAGCCUUACCCCAUGAAUAUCCUAUGUUGAAACCACACGUAACUGCUCGAUCUAUUGGACUCAAUCGUCAUCAGCAGAAAGAACUCAAUGAUGCGCUUUAUGAAUACAUCAAAACUUUAGAGGCUGGUGAAUUGUGUGUUUUGUCAGUAAUCACAUGGCUUUCUGAAAAUGCUCCAAACUAUUUUUCACUACAAUCUGUUAAUAAAGCUACAGAAGACAUACAUCCUAAUGAUGGCUCUAAAAAUGUGCUUUGUAGGUUAUGGAUUUACAGCCACCACAUAUUUAGUAAGUUUAAGAGAAGAGACAUCCUAGAUAGUGCUCAAGAUUUGAAAUUGACUGGUUUUUCACUCCCAGGAAAGCCAGGAUUCAUCUGUGUUGAGGGAACUAAAAAAGACUGUAGUGAAUUUCAUCAACAAUUGAAAAAAAUGAGCUGGAAAAAAUUAUCUCUAGUAAAAGAGGAAAUUGCUGAAUCAAGUGCAUCUAGUCCACAAACAUUUAGAAAGUUCCAAGAUUUUCAAGAAAUUAGUUUUCAAGUCAGAAGAGGACCUGCUAAAGAAUAUCAUAUGGAUAUGGGACAGUUUUUGAAAUACCUUGAAGAUCAUAACUGUGCAUAUGCUUUCCAUGAUUUAUUUGGAAUAGAAGGGCACACAGCUAGUGAUAAAUAGUGAUUAUUUAUUUUAUAUUUUGUUUUGAUAAGAGCAUGCACAAUAGUUCUUUUUUUAUUAACUAAACAGCAACCAAAAUGUUUUCCGAACUUGCUAAAUACAGCAACUUUAUACCAUGAGCUGCUUACUAUGACCAUCUUAAAGCUGCUGUAUUUGGCACACAUUUUGCUUUUGAUAUACUGAUGGAAAAGCGCUUCACAUUUUUAACUUUAUGAAUGUAAUUGAAGAUGGGAAUUUUAUUUUACUUGCCUUUGAUAAGUAUUAUUUCUUUUGUAAUAAAUCAUGUUUUUACUUUUACUCUAAACACAACUGAUGAAUAAUUUUUUUUAAGUCAGGGGUGUGCUUUUUCCGUGGAUAUCUCCACCUUUUUUAGAUUUCUUAUCUUUUUCCAUGGAAAUUUUUUUGAUUCAAAUUUUUACUCAAAAAUUUCUUCCACACAAAACAGCUUAUUGGACCAAAGUGACUGAUGCUCAGAAGUAACUAUGAAACAUCGAUUAAGUCAUGCCACCUGUAAAAAAACAAAACACCUGAAAUAUGUCGCAACAAUGCAUUGGCCAUUAAAAAAUGUUUGCUAAAAUACGCUACUGAGGUACUUUUAAGAUAAAAUAAUGGCUAACCUUUCGUAUUUGAUAUCCUGUAUAUAUAUAUGUAUGUAUAUAUAUUUAAAUUUGUCAUAACCAUGUAUUUAUUAAAUGUCUUUGAAAAAACAUGUGCUAAUGAUUUCUAAUAUUUUAAUAUUAUAUAUUAAACUGACUGAAAUAUUUUAAAAUAAAUAUAAAAGCCAAUUGGACUGCAAUUUUUAUAUGUGCAUUG